AUGCAUCUCCAGGUGCGGGCCCUCAUUGCCCUGACUCCCACAGCAGCUAACAGCAAGCGGCCCCUCCCUCAGUCGGGGUCCGGGAAGGUGGAGCCCACACUGCCCCCAGUGAACAGAGCGCUCAAGUUUAGUCCCGCAACUGUCACACUGAGGAGUCCUCGGCAGGACGAGCGAAAGCUGACGCAGGUUGGGGAAGGGCGCCGCGGGCUCCGGGCUGGGGCGCGCCAGGCGGCUGCGGCGCGAACCUGCUCGCGCAGCCCGGAGCAGCUCCGGGCAGCGGCGCGUGAAGCCAGAACCCAGAGCGCGGCGGGGGCCGAGGGGGCGGGGACCCAGGUGGCAUCCGCCAGCUCCCUUCCAGGAGCCGCUGGGCGGAAGAGGCGACGGGGUCCAGAGUUGGGGGCUGGGCAAGGCCCCGCCGGCCUUGGGGCUCGCACACCUCCCGAGGCCUCGGACUCCCUCCCCCCGAGCCCCCCGCCCCCGCCCUCCGCUCAGCUUCCCCGGGGCCAGGAAGGCCCGUGCCCGCCCCGGCCACUCCCGCCCCGGUUACAUAAGGUCGCCGGGAGGCGGCCCCCUACCCGGCCCGAAGGGAGGGGCCCGAGGGGCUCCCCGGCUGACAAGCUGCACCGCUCGGGCCACGCGCCGGGUACCCAGGGCUGCACCGGCUGCGGGUGGGUGGGUGGUGGUGCGGUGCACCCUGCCCUGCUCGAGUCUGUACCCCCAUCCGCCCACCCCACCUGUCUUGGGCACCCGCGGGAUGGAAAGUGCGGAGCUGGCGUCCCCCAGCCCCCCGUGCACCCCGUGCCCCCUAGUCCCGCUCACCUCGCUUUGAAGGUCAAUCUGUCCGCCGCCGGCGCCCUGUGGUUCCGGCAACUUGUCCAAGUUCGGGUGCCCGGUGCCCGAUCUUCACCCGCCGCCCGCCGUCGGGCUCCUCGGGCUACGCGCCACCAGCCAGGCCCGCCCCGUCCGCCCUUCCCGCCGCCGUCGGCGCCGUCGCCGUUCUCUGCGUCCCGCCCGCAGCUGCCGCCUCCGCUGUCACCUAGCCCCGCGCCCGGCGCUCGGGCUUCGGCUGUCACUCCGCGCCCACUUCCCGCUGCGCCCGGCAGAGGGCAGCACCCGCCCCCUGCGGACCGCCCCCGGAGGCCUACCGCAGCGCCCGCUGGGAAACGUAGUCCCUGCCGCAGCCAUGCGCGGCUCGCCGGGAUUUGCAGUUCUAUGUACCCUCCUGCUGGCCGAGCUUCCCAGAGAGUCGACUUUUGA